AUGGCACCCGUAAAAGUCGGCUUCAUCGGCCUCUCCUCCACCCAGUCCUGGGCCGUCUGGGCACACCUCCCCUACCUGAAAGCCUCCUCUAAGUACCAAAUUGUUGCUCUCUGCAACUCUUCUGUCGAUGCCGCAAAAGCAGCUAUUGAGACUCAUGGCCUCCCGUCUUCCACGAAAGCCUACGGCUCCCCUUCCGACCUAGCAGCCGACCCCGACGUCGAGCUAGUCGUCUGCUCCACCCGCGUAGACAAACAUUAUGACUGUCUUCUUCCCGCGCUGAAGGCCGGCAAAGACGUCUUUUGCGAAUGGCCGCUCGCGAUUAACGCCAAGCAGGCCGAGGACAUGCUUGCUUUGGCGCGGGAGAAGGGCGUGAAGACGCUGGUGGGACUGCAGGCUGGCGUUAGUCCUGUGCUGCUGAAAAUCAAGAGUCUGAUUGAGGAGGGGAGGAUUGGGAGGGUAGUGAGUAGUAUGUUCCAUGGGACGCCGAAGUUUUUUGGGGAGAGCGAGUGGGAGGGAAAUGCGUAUCAGCAGGAGAGGAGUGUUGGUGGGAACUUGGUCAGUAUCUAUGGGAUGCAUUCACUUGAAGCUAUUCAGGUAGUGCUAGGCCCGCUGAAGGAUUAUAACCCACUACUGGCAGUGCAGUUCCCGACUGUCCAACUUACUGACCACACUGGUACCCCAACCACGACUGUCCCCCGUACCUCCCACGACCACUUUUUCCUCAACGGCACGUUUGACUCCGGCGCCACGCUCUCGUAUUCUCUUCGCGGCGGACCUGCUUUCGACGGUACAUGCGGUGCCUUCUGGCGCAUUUACGGUACCAAAGGCGCUAUCCAGAUUACGGGCCCAGACUCGUAUCUCCAGAUCGCUGACGACAACGUAAAGAUCAAGUUGUUUGAGUACGGAAAGGAAGGGCUGAAGGAACUUGAUGCUGAGAAGGACGAGUGGUCUGCCGAACAGUAUUCGCUUUACUCCAGGAAUAUUGCGAGGUUGUACGAGGGAUUCGCUCACGGAAAGGGUGUCACAGAAGGAGUACUGAACUGGGAAGAUGCAGUGAAAAGACAUAUUACAGUUGAAGAGAUAUACAAGAAAGCAAACGUACAGUGA